AUGAUUAAGGCGAUUUGUGAAGCGGAAGAGAGAAAGAAAGCCCAAGAGAUUAGAUUAAUCAAACAGGCUGAAGGAAGAAGAAAACAUGCGGAGUCAAGGAUGCCAGCGUCUACGUCUGGAAAUCAGAUCGGUUCCCAAAAUCCAGAAGGACAAAUGGAAGACCGACUAGUGAAUGAAUCGAAUCUGACAACGGUUCGUGAGGAAGAGAAUCUGGGCGGAGCAGCUCUGGGUGAACAGGUUGGAGAUGGUGAUGAAGACUCAGAGGCUAGCGACUCGGCUGGAAGCAGUGGAUUGGCCACGGAAGGUCCAUCGGAGGAGGAUGUGAAACCAAUAUUGAAGAAACUGAAGUCGUCAAGGAAGAGGAAGUCAAAGACAAGCAGGGGGGAGGAAAGGAAGGUAUCCUCGUCAGAAUCUUCGGAUGAUGGAGUGGUUAUACCGGGGAGGAAGGAGAAGGGAGGGUUAUUUGGUGACUUGAUUGAAAAGAAUCAAAGUAAUCCCAUUUUUAAUUCUGGUCUGCACGUACGGGAGAGUCCUCUUUAUGUUUGCCAGUUGUCUUCAUCAAAAGUGAAAGUGACGAGAGGAGGUGCCAACAAGCACCAGACCCAACGCUCCUUAACGGCAAGACUGGCUGAUGCGGUGGAAUCUGAAAACCUGGAGUCAGUUCGAAACUUAAGGAGAGAGUUGGAUGUGGCCCAAUCAGAGUUAGAGAAGGCAAGAGACUUGCUGGGGAAGAGUUCGAAAUCAGAGGAGGGGCAAUCUAGGAAGGGGAAGAAGAAGAUGAAGAAGUCAGAGAAGGGGAAGAAGAAGAAAUCGAACAGGAAGAGGAAGCGUUCAUCUUCUCCAUCGGGAGAUGGUUCUUCAUCUGGUGAUUCAGGAAGGCAGGUUGACGUACCAGCAAAAUCAAGUAAGGAGAGUGACUUGUCGAGCGACUCUGAGUCGGAUUCAGAAUAUUUGGCAAAGUCCCAUGUCCAUUCGGACGACGCUGUGGAGCAUGAAGGCCCGAGAGGUGGGAAACAGCAGAAGAAACAGUGUGGUGGAAACCGCGGUCAUAACUCGGGCUACCAGAAAUCCUAUCAAGCUGCAAAUCAGACGGCCAGUCAGUUCCAGAGACGGGAUCGAAACUCUGGGAAAGACUGGGUAGCAUUGGGUCAACAACAUGCGAGCAAUGUGGCCUCUGGUUCGGGUACCGUUUCUGGUCCAGCGAAGGGAGGUAAAAAGGGGAUCAUGACGUUGGGAGCAAAUGAACGGUGA